UUAUAUGCGUACUGCUUUUCCUCAGGUGUCCGUGAUGUAAGUAGUCUGAAUGCUGAGAGCUCCUUGGCAGACUUGGGCUUGGAUUCGUUGAUGGGUGUGGAGGUGCGCCAGACACUGGAGAGGGACUACGACAUCGUUAUGACCAUGAGAGAAAUUCGACUGCUUACAAUCAACAAACUGCGUGAACUUUCCUCCAAGUCUGGGACGGCAGAGGAGAUGAAACCAUCACAGCUUACGAAGACUGGCCCGGGUGAGCCUCCAAAACUAGAUUUGAACAACUUGUUGGUGAAUCCAGAAGAUCCAACAAUCACCCGUCUCAACGACGUUCAGAGCACGGAGCGCCCUCUUUUCCUUGUUCACCCCAUUGAAGGAUCUACUGCAGUCUUCCACACUCUUGCCUCCAGACUUCAUAUGCCAUGCUACGGGCUGCAGUGCACAAAAGCUGCUCCCCUGGACAGCAUACAGAGCCUGGCAGCCUAUUACAUUGACUGUAUGAAGCAGAUACAGCCUGAAGGACCUUACCGUAUUGCUGGAUAUUCUUUCGGUGCCUGUGUAGCCUUUGAAAUGUGCUCACAACUACAAGCACAACAAAAUGCUUCCCAUGCACUCAACAGUCUAUUCCUUUUCGAUGGGUCCCAUUCGUUUGUGGCAGCAUAUACUCAAGUAAGAGAUGCUAGGAAAAUUUUCCGUCUGGAGACCAUCCUGUCUCAACAGAGCUCAUGCUUUGGGAGUUUAUUAUUCU